AUGACCUCCAGUGGCAUGAACAUGAUGAGCAAGAUCGUCUUCUACGAGGAGAGGAACUUCCAGGGCCGCUCCUACGAGUGCAUGAGCGACUGCCCCGACAUGUCCUCCUACAUGAACCGCUGCCACUCCUGCAGGGUGGAGAGGGGCUGCUUCAUGGUCUACGACCGCACCAACUUCAUGGGGAACCAGUACUUCAUGAGGAGGGGCGAGUACGCCGACUACAUGAGCAUGAUGGGCAUGAGCGACUGCAUCAGGUCCUGCCGCAUGAUCCCCAUGCACAGGGGCUCCUUCAGGAUGAGGAUCUACGAGAGGGAGAACUUCCAGGGCCAGAUGCACGAGCUGAUGGAGGACUGCGACAACGUCAUGGACCGCUACGGCAUGGGCAACAUCAUGUCCUGCAACGUGAUGGAGGGCCAGUGGCUGAUGUACGAGCAGCCCCAGUUCAGAGGCAGGAUGAUGUACAUGAGGCCCGGAGAGUACAGGAGCUUCAUGAGCAUGGGCUCCAACAGCAUGAGGUUCAUGAGCAUGAGGCGCAUCAUGGACUCCUGCUACUAG